GGGAGGAAGAAAUCCCGCAAAGGUAAAGAACUUGCCGGGUCUUCAUCUCAAAGCCGAGAUGAUUUUGAAACGGGUUACCAAAGGCGAGAUGGAGAUGCGAUGUCCGAAGAACAACUCCAACAAGAAUUGGCCCGACAUAAUAACCGCUUUCUACAACAACAACAAAUGCCGACGACCAUUGACGAAGAGGAGCUUGAGGAUGAAGAUGCGGAGGAAUUGGAACCGGAGACGGCCGAGGAGGAGGGUGCCGGCAGCCACGACGCCGACGCGCCUGCCUCAUCCCAAACUGCCACCGGUAAUAAAAAAAGUAAGUCUGAAUUAAUGCAAAAUAAUUUUGAUAAAUGGAAGGACCCACAAACUGGCUAUUGGCACGCAACUUGCAAGUGGUGCAACAACAAUUAUAGUUUGGGAACCUCCGGCGGAUACGGAUCCGCCGCAAGGCAUCU